CGUGGCGGUCUCUCAUCCAGGGGUGAGCGAGAGCGCUUGGGCUGGCUGCGUUGCGCGGGGCAUCCAAAAGCGCGUUUUCUUCCACGCAAUUCCCAGGCCGGCUUGUCUUUUUGCAACGCUUCUGUCGCCAGCACCCACCAGAAUCCGCACUCCUUUCGUUUUCCCACCGCCGCUCAGUUGUUGGCUGCAGACAGCGCCCGAGUGUGGAGGAGGCAAGAUCGGCCAGAGCCCAAACCCUUGCAGAUCCACGUCCACACGAAUCUUAAACUUCGUUUGCGACCACCGCUCGCUCUUACAUGACUGUUUAAUUAGAGCGCCGAAGCUCGACUUCCACACACACACCCGCUCGGCGCAUCACUCGCACCGCCAAUAUGGACGUCAAUCAGGUCCUGGCCGGCACUCUCUCGCCAGACGCGAACACUCGAUCACAGGCCGAGCAGCAGCUGCAACAGGCUGCCGAGCAGGACUUCUCCCAAUACCUCACCACCCUUGCCAGCGGACUCGCCAAUGAGCAAGCCGACGCCACUGUGCGCAUGGCCGCCGGCCUCGCGCUCAAGAACUCCUUCUCCGCCCGUGAUUACACCCGCCUCCGCGAAGUCCAGCAGCGAUGGCUCGAGCAAAUAGACCCCCAGAUCAAGACCCAGGUCAAGCAGCUUGCCCUGCAGACACUCGAAUCGAACGAUGCCCGAGCAGGACAAUCAGCGGCGCAGUUCAUUGCCGCCAUUGCUGCUAUCGAUCUGCCCCGAGAGCAAUGGCCGGAGCUGAUGGCAACACUCGUCAAGAAUGUGGGCAACGGAUCAGACCGCACAAAACAAUCCUCUCUCACCACAAUUGGUUUCAUCUGCGAAACAGACGAUCAGGACUUGAGGGAUAGUCUGGCACAACACAGCAAUGCUAUUUUGACUGCGGUUGUGCAAGGUGCACGGAAAGAGGAGCCAAACGUAGACAUCCGAAAUGCUGCCAUUACAGCCCUCGGCGACUCUCUUGAGUUCGUGCGAACCAACUUCGAAAAUGAGGGCGAGCGCAACUACAUCAUGCAGGUCAUCUGCGAAGCUACACAGGCCGAAGACACCCGAAUCCAGCAGGGUGCUUACGGAUGCCUGAACCGAAUCAUGGGCUUGUACUACGACAAGAUGCGCUUCUAUAUGGAGAAGGCACUUUUCGGCCUGACGAUUCAGGGCAUGAAGAAUGACGAAGAAGAUGUUGCCAAAUUGGCUGUGGAAUUCUGGUGCACAGUGUGCGAAGAAGAGAUCAGUAUCGAGGACGACAAUGCUCAGGCACAGGCAGAGGGCAGCACCGAGCUGCGGGCAUACUUCAACUUCGCACGUGUUGCGACUCAAGAAGUUGUGCCUGUGCUGUUGGAGCUGCUCGCAAAGCAGGACGAGGAUGCGGGCGAUGACGAAUACAAUAUCUCACGCGCAGCAUACCAGUGUGUCCAGCUCUGGGCGCAGGCUGUUGGCAGCCAGGUCGUACCCCAAGUCCUGGCUUUCGUGGAGAAGAACUUGCGAAGCGAAGACUGGCACUAUCGGGACGCAGCCGUAUCUGCUUUUGGCGCGAUGAUGGAGGGCCCGGAUGAGAAGGUCCUUGAUCCUCUCGUCAAGCAAGCUCUUCCCGUGUUGAUUCAGAUGAUGGGCGACGCCCACGUCCAGGUCAGAGAUUCUGCCGCUUUCGCACUUGGCAGAAUUUGUGAAGCAGUCUCGGACAGCAUCGAUCCACAGGAACACCUGCAGCCACUUAUCACCGCACUUUUCCAAGGUCUGGCCUCGCACCCAAAGAUGGCCAGCUCUUGCUGCUGGGCACUUAUGAACUUGGCCGAUCGAUUCGCUGGCGAACCCGGUUGUCAGACAAAUGCACUUUCCCAGCACUUCCAGGCCAGCGUUCAACACUUGCUCCAGCUUACCGAGAGCACCCCUGACAACAUGCUUCGCACUGCGGCAUACGAAGUGCUCAACGCAUUCGUCACUAAUGCUGCCAAUGACUGCGUGCACAUGGUUGCUAGCUUGUGCGAAGUUGUCUUCCAGCGCCUUGAGAGCACGAUCAAUGUGCAAGUGGUCUCUGUGGAGGAGCGACUCACUCUUGAUGAGCUCCGCACAUCCCUCGCAUCUGUCAUCAUGGCCAUCGUUCAGCGCCUCGAGAAAGAGAUCGCCCCACAAGCUGAUCGCAUCAUGUUGCUCUCCCUACAGUUGUUGCAAGCUCUGCCACCCAAGUCCAGUGCACCCGACACCGUGUUUGCCACUAUUGGCGCGCUCGCAAACGCUCUGGAGGGCGACUUCGACAAGUACAUGAAAGACGUUCAACCUUUCCUGCUCAAGGCGCUGAACAACCAGGAAGAGCCACAGGUCUGCUCGAUUGCAAUCGGCCUCGUUACUGACAUCGCCCGUGCGCUCGAUCAGAAGGUCCAGCCAUACUGCAACGACUUUAUGAACAGUCUCCUCACCAAUCUCCGCAGCACCACGUUGGGGAAUCAAUUCAAGCCGGCGAUCCUGCAGUCGUUUGGUGAUAUUGCUCAAGCUAUCGGUGGCGAAUUCGAGCCUUACCUCUCCGUUGUCGCCCAGGUUCUUCAGCAAGCUGCAGGCAUCAGCACACAGGAAAAUGCAUCGAGUUUCGAGAUGCUGGACUACAUCGUGUCCCUUCGUGAAGGCAUUAUGGACGCCUGGAGCGGGAUCGUCAUGGCAUUACGAGGAUCGAACAAGCAGCAACUGCUCCAACCCUACAUCGAAUCGAUCUUCCAGCUUCUACACAGCGUAUACCUCGACCCGAACCGGACUGAAGCACUCUUGAGAUCUAGCAUGGGUGUCAUUGGCGACAUCUCCGAGGCUUUCCCCGGAGGCGAAAUCAGCCAGUUCUUCCGACACGAGUGGCUCACGUCCAUGGCCCGUGAGACUCGUGCCAACAAAGACUUCUCCCAACGUACGCAAGACACUGCUCGCUGGGCCCGAGAGCAGAUCAAGCAGCAAUCAGCUGCAGCCGCUCGCAACGUGACCAUGUCCUAGCCGGGCGUAGCACUAAGCACCGGAAAUCCUGACGAGCCUGGUUCCGAUGGCCUUCCUCAAGGGCAAUGGUAGCUGGCGAGAAUGGCGAGAUACGAGAAUCGCUGAAGUCUCGGCCCUCAUCGUCGCGCGCACACUGCCUCUCUGCCCAUAGAGACCUUUGCGCAUUCGGCCACUUCUUCACCACUCUUUGAUGGUAUUGGAGUGAAAGGGACUGGCCACCAUGUCGGAUGGACAACAGACUACCAACGAGAUCCGCCACUCACCUGGUAUCUAUCCCGCGGCAAAACCAUUGCGGAGGAUCCUCAACGAGUUCCCCCCUCCCGCUAAUACCUCGCAUCUACCCGAAGCACGAGAUCACGACGCACGUAUGAGACGCCCGCAUCGAUACCCACCACGCCGCCACCCCCUUUGUCUGCCACCACACGUAUAGAGAUGCAUAGCGCAGAGGUUUGGCCCCGCCGAGAAGGAGAAGAGACUGAAGCAGACUGAUAGAGUCAAUUACAGCAUUGACAGGCAUGGCGCCAUUGAGUUAGCUUUGGUCAUGCACAACAAAAUACCCUAUUAUCCCUCUCGUCAACCC